AUCAUCAACUACCCGAGCUAGUCCGCACAGCGAGCCAACUGCCAGCGAAGACUAUGCAAAGAUACAUGGAGCGUGAUAGGCGAUACGAUGCGCGACAAGGAGCGAUUGGGGACCCGUACAAAGGCUUCAUUGAUCCAGGUCUGGCAGACGAGAUCGACGAAAGGCAACGUGAGCACGACGAGUACCUCCGAGCACAGCAGAAAGAUGCGAAACGCGAUGUGGAUGAUGUAUAAGAGCUAUGACUGCUGGCGUAUGAUGUGCAGGAAGAUGUAAGGAAUUGAGUGAGAAGGGUACAGUUCGAUGAAAGCAUCUGGACGACUCCUCGCAUGAACGCCUGUCCUCCAAAUUCCGCGAACGUCUCACCCCUCAUCCUUUCACGAUCUCAACUUGAGCUUCAAUUCAAGUGCUGCUAUGCCUGGCCUGAGCGUACGAGCGAAUCUCUUCCGGGCUACCCAUCAGCCCAUACAGUAAGUGAGCGUAUUGCUAUUGUCCCCGGACCAUCAUGUGCCACGACCGUUGGAAUCAGGACGUGGAGUCGAUGUCGAAAUCGGUUGCUACCUUAUAGGAGACUCUCUCAUCGGCAGCUUGCUUGGUCUUUCCACUAACGGAUAGCUCCAUCCACAUCAUUCGUGCCAUUGACCGGCUCGCUCACAGCAUU